AUGAGAGCAGUCGAAAACACCGAAUGGGAGGAUAACUCGUAUGAGAUUUUGGAAAUGAUGACAAGGGAAGAAGAGUGCAGCAAAGCAUGCCUGGAUGACUGCAACUGCGAAGCAGCCUUCUUUAAAGACGGCGAAUGCAAAAAACAGAGGCUUCCAUUGAGAUUCGGGAGAAGGUCUCUGGGAAACUCAAACACGGCUCUCAUUCGCUUCAGUACAACCAUGGAGACCGACAUUGGAGGCGAUUCCAACCUGGGGCGUUACAACGAGGGAGUUAACUUUGUGGAGGGCGUUUCGCUGAAAGUGUUCACAUUCGAGCAAUUGUACGAAGCAACGAACAGCUUCAAUGAAGAGCUUGGGAGAGGAGCAUCUGGCACGGUAUUCAAAGGAGUUCUACAGAAUGGCCAAAAAAUGGUGGCGGUGAAGAGGUUGGAGAAGGAAUUCGCACAAGGAGAGAUAGAGUUCCAGACAGAGCUGAAGACGAUUGGGAAGAUGUACCACAGGAACCUAGUCCGACUCCUAGGUUACUGUCUCAACGGAGACCACAAACUGCUUGUGUUCGAGUUCAUGAGAAACGGUUCCCUCGCUGACAUACUUUUCAAUAAAGAGAAACAGCCAAGCUGGGAGGAACAAAUGGAGAUCACUCGUGAUAUAUCUAGAGGGAUAUUGUAUCUGCACGAAGAGUGCGAGACACAGAUCAUUCACUGCGAUAUAAAGCCUCAGAAUAUACUCAUGGAUGGGAACUGGCGCGCCAAGAUAUCGGACUUCGGGCUGGCGAAGCUUCUUAAGAAAGAUCAAAGUAAUACGUAUACUGAGAUCAGAGGCACUAAGGGCUAUGUAGCGCCAGAAAAGUGUGUUGAUUAUAGCAGGAGUGAGGAUGAGGCUAUACUUGAGGAAUGGGUUUACGACUGUUAUACAUCGAGGAAGAUUGGGAGUCUGAUCGGGGACGAGAUGGUGGAGGAGAGGAAAGUGGAGAGGAUGGUGAAGACAGGGAUAUGGUGUGUGCAAUAUGAUCCGUCGCUGCGUCCAACUAUGAAGAAAGUUCUGCUAAUGUUGGAGGGGACUGUUGAGAUUCCAAUACCUCCAUGUCCGAGUUCUUUCUUAAGUUCAAUCUAG